AUGCUCUCCAUCUCGGAGAACAGCUACGCUGUGGCCGUCAUUCCUUGCAUCCUAUCUGGCCUCCUGAGUCCUCACCAGCCCGUUGCCAUUCAAGACGGCCAUGCCCACUCGUCUCCUGCCUCACUUGUGCAGCCCACAAUGCUUUUCCUGCUCCUGGCCACGCAGCCUGAUCACUGUGUGGCCAUCUGCAACCCCUGUGGUAGUCGGUCCUCGUAUUCAUCGAAGUUCUCCAGAAAAACAGAACCUGGCCUGUGCCAGUGGACGUCUGCGUCUCUAAGAAUUGGCCUGGGCGUGGUUGUCCAGGUAACAUCUGUGUUUGGCCUGCCCUUCUGGGACACCCUUGUCAUCUUUCACUUCUUCUGUGACGUCAGGCCCCUGCUGAAGCUGGCCUGUGUGGACACCCCUGUCAACGAGGUCAUCAACUUUGUCGUCAGCGUCUGUGUCCUGAUUCUGCCCACGGGCCCGGUCUUCUUCUCCUACGUCCUCCUCGUCUCCACCAGCCUCAAGAUCCCCUCCGCCCGGGGCCGGAAGAAGGCCUUUGCCACCUGCACCUCCCGCCUCACGGUGGUCAUCGUCCACUGUGGCUGUGCCUCCGCCGUCUACCUCAAGCCCAAGUCCCAGGGUUCCCUGGGGCAGGACAGACUCACCUCUGUGACCUACACCGUCCUCACUCCCCUGCUGAGCCCUGUCGUGUACAGCCUGGGGAACAAGGAGGUCAAAGGUGCCCGGUGCAGAGCCGUGGCAAAAACACCGCUCAACUCUCAGUGCAUCGAGACUGUGAUAGGUUCUCUCCACGUACUCGUUCCUCUGAGUGUUGACUCGCAGGGACAUCGUGAUUCUCCACAGCUCCACGGAGCCUCCAAUGGGGCCUGCCCGUGCAGUGUCCUCUCAGGAGACGUCUCCUGUCACACUUCAGUCAUAUUCCCAUGAACGCAGGUAACAGGCCCUGGGAUUCUGGCCAGUUCUUACAUCUGCCAAAUAACACACAAAAAAAGGAAGGUUCAUGUUGGACACCUUGGAAAAAGCUCCAAAAAUUUGUUCUGCUUUGAGGCCAGGGGACCUCCAGGAGAGAUGGGGUUGGUCAGUCUGGCUGCGCCUUAUACGCUUUCCUCUCACGUUUUCAUUUGUUGCCAGACUUUGGUGCAAGUGCACUACUCUUUCUCUCCAUCUGGUCUCUUUCGCCCCCCACCCCAGGGAGCCCGUGCUGAGCCCUGCUGGAUGCUGUUCCUCCCGGGUGCUGUUCCUGCCUCCCCCACGGCCGUGGCAUGUCAAUACCGGGACUUAGUAUCACACCAAUGAUAAAGUUGUUUGCCUUUGUACACGCCUCACGAUUUAUAAGGAAUUUCCACCUGCAGGCUUUUAUGUGAUCUGGAAGGUAGGCAGGCCAGCAACGAUCACCCCUGCGCCGUAAAUAAAGAAACCGAGGCACGUAUCGGUGGCAUCGAUUUGCCCAAGCAUACAGAAUUAGACAGCUGAAGACUCGGGAUUUGAAUCUACUUCUCUUUAUUGUCUCUCGUUCCUUUUAGUGAAUCCGUUUACAAGAUGCGGGAACUUCACGGGCAAAAUUGGGACCUCCAGGGAAUAGCGUGGGCAGGGCUGUGGCUGGUCUGCAGGAGGCUUUGUGCCCUUGAGGAAAAAAGCAUCCUCUCCUCUGGAUGCUUCUGUCAGAAAUGGCCAUCACGGUUUUACUGCCCUCUCCUGGGAAUUAUCCUGAAUCCAGAUGUCUAAGCUGUGGAUGGACCCCCUUAGUGUCACACUGGACACCUGCAGAAUCCCACGCCGCCGGGCUGAUCAAGGGAUAGACGAGGAGCCUGGAAACAAAUAGGUGCCAGUGUCCUUGCCCACAAUCUUCGUUCAGUCCUGGGUUGUCUGAAAGCCUCAUUUCCCAGCCCGCCCUUAUCGACUGGAGUCCCUCUCACAUCUCUAACUCGGGUCUGGUCGAGACGAUGUGUAAGAUGUACAAGUUCUGGGGUUGCUGUUAAGUGUGGUACCAGCACGGGGGUUCCUAGACUGAGCCAGCCUCUGUGGGUCCAGAGGACCAGAUCUGUCCCCAGUUCUGCCAAGAGCUGGAGACAGGAGUUUACGUGGAGGGGGGGUGGAGGCCACGGUUACCCUGCCAGCAUCUCGGACAUCUUCCUACAGACACAGGAGCUAUGAUGUUAAACUCCCAGUUUCCAGCCCGGUGCCUCUAGUUCGGUGUCAGAGAAGACGACACGGAUGCAUUAAGUGUUUCGUGUGCAACAGGCACCGUGUUCGACAUGGUAUGUCCUGUGUCCUUCAAAAGCUGGUAUAUCGAUUCAUUUCUUCGCUCAUUUACCCAAGUGGUGGUUAUUGAGGGCUGUAUGACCCGUUGAUGCUGUGAAGCUGGCUCUAAGAAGGCUGGGGCCAUCCCAUACUUUGUGACCGGGGGGACCCCUUUAAACUCUUCGUAAAAAUGAAGGAGGACCCAAGAGUCUUUGCUGGUACCACCUGACCACAGUAGAAAUUAAAACCAAAAGAUUUCCAAAGUAUGUUUUAUUCACUUAAAAAUAACAAUCCAAAUGAUAGCGCAAGUCACGUUGUUACGAAAAAUAACUACAACCCAGACAAAAAGAGUGACGCCCGUGUACGUUUUUGCUAACGUGAAACCAGCAUCUGGUUUCAUCCAAGAGACCCGGUUCUCCCGCACGUGACCUGACGCCCUAUCGCAUAUCGUGUAGCCUCUGAAAAACUUCUCUCAGAAGAGAAUGAGCCAAAAAGGUGAGGAACGUCCGCUUCAUCAUGAAAACGGUUUUGACUGGACAGAACCUUUGGAAGCACACCUGCAUCUGCCUUCACCGACCACACAGUUCUUAGAAUCAAGGUCAGAGCCAGAAGUGGGCGUGGCAGGGUGGUGGUGGAGGAAGCAUCACUCCUUGGGGGCGGUUAGCAAAGGACCUGAGGAGGCCGUGCCGGCCCCUCCUCUCUUUGAGCAUUUCUUUGGUCCCUCGGAAGGGACAUCAGGGAGCACGCCUGCGCAGGAGAAUGGAGAAAAGAAAUGGAGAGUUGGGAUCAGGAGGCUCAUUACCCCUCAGUGCUCAGUUUGUGGGUGAAAGGCUGGCUUCCCGAAACUUGUUUGCCUGUUGAUUUCCCUCACUCCUGACCCCACCCAGCAAACCAGAGUCUUUGAUGCUUCCUAGCACCAGCUGAAGCUUCAGACCGGUCCUUUGGACUGCCAGCAUCCAACUGGAAGAGACACUGGAUGGAUAUUUUUGUAGUAGUUGGCUCUAAGCACACUGGAGUUCAGAGCCAGGAAGUGCGGUUUAAAAAAAAAAAAAAUCUAAUGAAAGAGAGUUUCAUGUUUGCACGUUUCAAUGUCUAUUCAACCGUGGUCCCUUCUCUGUCAUGGGCCAAAUCGGUAUAUGCAUAUACGCAUCCGUUUUGGGGUUCUGUUCUGUUGUAUGGAUCUAUUUUGGCUAUUUUGUGCCAAUUUUAUGCUGUUUUAAUUAGUAUAGAUUUACGAGGUAUGUUGGUAUCUGCUAGAUCAAGUAAAAAAACCCCAUUGUCAUUUUUUUUCUGCAAGAGCCUCGUCUAUUUUUGCACAUUUCCUAAACAUAAGCCCCAUGAAAGCAGUGAGGUUGUUUAUCAUUUUGCUGGCUGCACCCCAGCAGUUUUAAUAAAAGUGACAUAGU